AUGGACCCCGCCCGCCGUGAGGCGCUGACAUGGAAUGACUUCAAGGAGGAGGUGUACGACAAGUACAUCCCCAUGAGCUACCGACGUGCAAAGAUAGUUGAUUUCCACACCCUAAAACAGGGAAACAUUACAGUGACGGAGUACGACCGUGCUCUUUGUGAAAUGACCCGAUAUGCGCCCGAGUUAGUGGACACCGAUGAGAAGAUGGCCGUAAAAUUUCGUUCCGGCCUCAGACACGAGAUAAGGGUAGCCGUGGCCAACCGCAGAGGAAUCUCUUACUCCGAAAUUUUGAGUUGCACCUUAGAUGUGGAAGAGGCACUGCCUAAGGACGAGAGGGUAGCAAAUCCCACACCACCAACGCAUCAGCCGAACUACCGAGACAAGGGGAAGUGGGAAGGCAACCGAGCACCUUAUGACAACAAGAGACACCAUACUACCUUUUGUCAGCCACAGAACUAUGGCCGACAAAUCGUGCUACAACAGAGAGGAAAUCAACAGAGGGCACCCCACUGCAACCGGUGCUCCAAGUAUCACUUUGGGGAGUGCAGAGCUGGAGGCGUUCGAUGCUUCACUUGUGGUGGAAAUGGACACAUGUCUCGAGAGUGUCCGAACAACAAAGGAGGUGUGAGGAACGGGCAAGGACAGAGGCAACAACAACAACCACAACCCAUUCGAUUGGUGGCCCCACAACAAGCGAGGGCGUAUGCACUAAAAGGGACUCAAGGGCAGGAACAGCAAGCCAACAAGGGCAAAGAUAACUUGGCAGGAAUGGGCAAGGUCCAGCAACUACCUAUUAUCGUGUUGUUUGAUACGGGUGCUUCACACUCUUUUAUUUCGAUGUCAUGUGUGAAUGCCUUAGAACUCCCUACUGCUAAACUUGAUUUGGGUUUGAGGGUGUCUUCACCUGUUGGAGGUCUGAUUGAUAUUGUGCAAACUUGCCCGAACGUGGAGUUUGUUUUAGGAGAGUUAGGAGUAGAAGCCCGUCUUUUACACUUCAUGCCUUUGGAGAAUGUCGACAUAAUUUUGGGAAUGGAUUGGCUUGCCGAGAACCACGCGUCGUGUAACACCCCGACUUUUUCUACCCUCUUAUUGUGCUAA